AGAUGGCAUUUAAUGACUGCUUCAGUUUGAGCUACCCUGGCAACCCCCACCCAGGGGACUUAAUUGAAGUGUUCCGUCCUGGCUAUCAGCACUGGGCGCUGUACUUGGGUGAUGGUUAUGUUGUCAAUAUAGCGCCUGUAGAUGGCAUUCCCACGCCGUUUACUAGCGCCAAGUCUGUAUUCAGCACAAAGGCCCUGGUGAAGAUGCAGCCCUUGAAGGAUGUUGUGGGAAAUGACACGUACAGAGUAAACAACAAAUACGAUGAAACAUACCCGCCUCUCCCCGUGGAAGAAGUCAUACAACGGUCAGAGUUUGUUAUUGGACAGGAGGUGGCAUAUGACUUAUUUGUCAACAACUGUGAGCAUUUCGUGACUUUGCUUCGAUAUGGAGAAGGAGUUUCAGAGCAGGCCAACCGAGCAAUAAGUACCAUUGGGUUUGUGUCAGCUGCUGUUGGUGCCUUCUCAUUCCUGGGCUUGUUUCCAAAAGGACAAAGAGCAAAAUACUCUUAACAAUUUACUGAAGAGAUAUUGGAACUGAAGGAAUUUAUGAGGAAGGAAAAAAACCUGGGAUGAAUACUUACUUUCAAUGCAUCAUUAUUGUUCCAAAUUCCAAUGAUGGAUGGCAGGCUCUUUAAUAAAUUGCUUACUGAUAUUAUCUUA